AAACACACAGAGAAAUCACUCCAUGUGUGACAACUGAAAUCUUCAUGACAUAAUGUUGAUGCUGGUGAAAGAGGAGCUUGAGAAGAUGACAGAUCCACAACCAUGCAGAAUAAAGGAUGAAGAUACUGAGGAACAAAUAGAUAUGAUGGAUGUGAAAGAGGAGAAUCAAGCUGAAGUGGAUGAGAAACAUCAGAUUGUAAAAAUAAACCAUAAUGUUUCACAGAAAGAAACUCUGAAGACAGAAGACAUAAAGUGUGAAAAUAGUUUCAGUGAAGAUGAACGCCCUGCAGAUCACAAGAGGACUCGCAGUGAGAAGAAACCUUUAACAUGUCAACAGUGUGGAAAGAGUUUCAGAAGAAAAGAGAACCUUAAAGCACACAUGAUGAUUCACACCGGAGAGAAACCUUACACGUGUCAACUAUGUGAAAAGAGUUUCACCUUUCAAACAAACCUUAACCGCCACAUGAAAACUCACAGUGGGGAAAAGCCACACGCAUGCCAUCACUGUGACAAGAGUUUCAUAGAUAAAAGUCAACUUAAGAAACACAUAAGAGUUCACACUGGAGAGAAACCUUUCACGUGUCAACAGUGUGGAAAGAGUUUCAGAGUUGAAUGUAGGCUUAAGAUACAUGCAAGAAUUCACACUGGAGAGAAACCGUUCACUUGUCAUCGGUGUGGAAAGAGUUUCACAGCUGCAGGUGAACUUAAGAAACAUUUGAGAAUACACACUGGAGAGAAACCAUACGUGUGUCAACAGUGUGGAAAGAGAUUCAGGGCAAAAUCUAACCUUGAUGUACAUUUGAGCACUCACACUGAAGAGAAACCCUUCACAUGCCAUGAGUGUAAAAAGAGUUACAAAGCAAAAGCUACACUUAACAAACACAUGAGAAUCCACACUCGAUAG